AUGGCUAAAUCAAACGAAUCGUUUGCUUUUAAAAUUCUUAUUAUUGGUGAAUCCAGUGUUGGAAAGAGUUGUCUGAUGACGCGUUUUGUUGAUGAAACAUUUCAAUCCUCGUUUUUGCCAACAAUUGGUGUUGAUUUCAAAGUUCGAACAUUGAUGAUCGAUAAUUAUCCAUGUAAAGUUCAGAUUUGGGAUACUGCCGGACAAGAACGAUUUCGUGUGAUAACUACAACCUAUUAUCGUGAUGCAGCUGGUGUUUUGAUUGUCUAUGAUGUUACCAACGGUGGAUCAUUUGCUAGUGUCCGUCGUUGGCUCGAUGAAAUUAAUAAAUACUGUGAAGAUAACAUACCUAAACUACUUGUUGGUAAUAAAGAUGAUAUUAUACCAAUCAAUAAAAACCUGAUGCCAAAAGAAGUAACAACUCAAGAAGCUGAAAAUUUUGCUCGUGAAAUGAAUUUGCCGUUUUUCGAAACAUCAGCAAAAGAUAAUAAAAACGUGACUGAAGCUUUUUAUGCUCUUACACGUUUGGCCUUACAAAAACGUUUACAAGCGCGUGACAAACAAAAACCAUCAGCAAAUAAUGGACAAGCAAAUGCUACACCGUUAUCUCAAUCUAUUAGGUUAGACGGAUCGAAGAAAAAACAGAAGAACCAUAACAGCUCAUGUUGCAAAUAA